AUGGCUGCAGAGGCUGCAGAUGCGGGGGAGAAGAUCUCCGUCAUUGUAGAGUUCUCCGGCGGCCUGGAGAUGCUCUUCUCUGAUCAGCGGCGUCACGCCCUCUCUAUACCGGCGGUGAGCAAGGACGGCAAGCCCGCAACUAUUGCCUUUCUCAUUCAUCAUCUCUGCGAGAACACGAUGAAGGACUCCAGGAAGGAGCUAUUCGUCCUCGAUGGUCAUCUUCGACCUGGCAUCCUUGCCCUCAUUAAUGACGCAGACUGGGAACUUGAAGGAGAGGAGGCGUAUGAAGUCCAAAGCGGUGACAAUAUCCUCUUCGUCUCGACGCUUCAUGGAGGUUAA